AUGUUGUAUUCUAAUCGAAUCAUUUCUAUUUUGAUAUUAUUUUAUUUAUUUAAAUUAACAAUUGGAGGUGAACAUCAACGUCGUUUAUUAAAAUAUUUACUUGAAGAAAGUCAUCAUAAUCCACUUGAAAGACCUGUUCAAAAUGAUUCUCAUACAUUAACAGUAACAAUGAAUUUAGCUCUUCAACAAAUAAUUGAUUUUGAUGAAAAAAAUGAAAUUCUUGUUUGUAGUGGUUGGUUAGUUCUUGAAUGGCAUGAUUAUAGUUUACAAUGGAAACCCGAAGAUUUUGGAAAUAUUCAAACAAUGCGUUUACCAAGUACACGUGUUUGGACACCGGAUAUAAUUCUUUAUAACAGUGCUGAUGAUAAUUUUGAAGGUACAAUAAAAACAAAUUUAGUUGUACAAUCCAAUGGUAGUAUACUUUUUGUUCCACCGGGAAUAUUCAAAUCUAUUUGUCCAUUUAAUAUUGCUUCAUUUCCAUUUGUAAAUGUUAAUUUAACAACUGAACAUAGUUUAGGUCAAUCUGAUGCAUAUGUUAAGAAUGGUGAAUGGGAUUUACAAAAUUUCGUUAUCGCAAGAGAAGCUGUUGUUUAUGAAUGUUGUCCAACAGUAUAUCCAUUUGUUUUAUUUACCAUUCAAAUUCGUCGACGUACUUUGUACUAUGUAGUCAAUGUAGUUGUUCCAUGUGUAUUGAUUAGUUUUAUGACAGUACUUGGAUUUCUUCUACCACCAGAUAGUGGUGAAAAAUUAACCUUACAAAUUACAAUUCUUCUAUCAAUUGUUAUGUUCAGUUUAUUAAUCUCAGGAAUUAUACCAGCUAGUUCAACAGCUCUACCAACUAUUGUAACAUAUUUUACAACUGUUAUGUGUAUGUGUUCAUUGUCUGUUGUUGCUACUGUUAUUGUACUUGCUCUUCAUCAUAAAAAUGCAAAAAAUCAUACAAUGCCAAUGUGGAUUCAUGUAUAUAUCAAUCAAUAUUUAGCAUGGUUUUUACAUAUGAAACGUCCAGGUCACGAUUUAAGUUGGAGAGCUAUUCGUCAUCGACGUUUUGGUCAAACAAAUACGAGUAAUAAUCAGAAAGCACCAUUAACACCAUUAUUAGAAAAUUCAUCGAAAUCAUUAUUAGCUAAUGUAACAAAUAUCGAUGAUCAAUCAUAUAUAAGAACUAAUAAUCAAUUAUAUCUUCCGAUGAUAAAUCAUAUUCAAACACCAUCGUCUAAUCAUGAUUCUAAUAAUGUAUUAUUAACAUGUGAUAUGAAUUUUUUUCGUUCUGAUAUUCGUUUAAUAAUGUCUGAGCUUAAAUUUGUUGGUGAUUAUAUACGAAAAGAAGAAGAAGAAGAUGAUGUAUCACAAGAUUGGAAAUUUUCAGCAAUGGUUAUUGAUCGUUUAUGUCUAGUUGUCUUUACUAUUAUGACAACAAUCUUUAGUUAUCUCACACUUUUUUCUGCACCAAAUUUUUUUAAACUUCACUAA